AUGAAGGACAAUCCUUAGCAAAGUGGCCCUGAUUUUUGCACACAUAGCAUUCAAUAUAGUGUUGACAAGUUCAAGCUCCUUGCGCUAGAAUUUCUGGAUAAAGAAGAAAAUAAAGAAAUUUCUCCAAAAAUGCUUCCUUACGAGAUAACUUUUAAUGAAUGA